AUGCGUUUCUCCGCGGUUGCUGUUGCCGCUCUCGCCACCCAGGCCGCCGCCUGGAGAGGCCAGGGCUCCCCUUUCGGACUCUACUGGGGCUGGGGUAAUGACGGCGUCGAGCCCUGCAACACCGCCGACGACUGCAGCGGCGCCGAGGUGACCUCCACCACCACCAUCACCCUCCCUGCUCCCACCGCCACCCCGAGCGUGACCCCCCCGGCCGCCGUCCCCGUCGAGGAGGCCGUCAGCCCCACCCCCUCCGCUGCCCCGACCGCCCCCUCCGCCCCCUCCGGCGGCUCCUCUGGGCUCACCUCGGACCAGAAGGCCGCCCUUGACGCUCAUAACGCCGCCCGCUCCGACGUCGGCGUCCCGGCCCUCGAGUGGGACGACACCCUCGCCUCCGACGCCCAGGAGUGGGCUACCCACCUCCUCUCUGUCGGUUCCCUGACGCACUCCCAGGUCUCUGACCAGGGUGAGAACCUGUACAUGCAGUCCUACAAAGACAGCCCUUACGUCAACGCCGCCAACGCCUGGAUCAGCGAGAAGUCUUCCUACCACGGCGAGGCCAUCUCCGAGUCCAACUACAUGGCCUUCGGUCACUACACUCAGGCCGUCUGGAGGGGCACCACCAAGGUCGGCAUGGCUAUUUCCAGCGACGCCCAGAGCACCUACGUCGUCGCCCGUUAUUCACCCCCGGGCAAUUACAUCGGCGAGAAGCCCUACUAA